GUGUUGUGUAUGUAGGUCAUGAAGGGACUCACUGUGAACCAGGAUUGAUGCCUAAAUGUCUCUGACUCUUCUAGAGCAAAGAUGCAUGACCAGACGAGAGGCACAGGAUGAUUGAUGGCUUAUAUCACAGCAGAGAGAAAGAGAGACUGUAUAGGUCUGUGAAUCGCAACAGCGGCUUUGUGCAUCUCUUUCUGUGUGAGGUGAGCGAGAGAGAGCUCAGGGCUGCACCCUCCAAGGGCUUCUCGUACUCUCUCUCAGCACACGUUCACACACCGUGCAUCCAGACAGGGAGCUUUAACCAUCCUAGACACACAGUCUGCUGCCCGGUGGAGUGCUGCGAAUCAGUCUGGGAGAGCCGGACGGAGAGGAGGGAUUUCACCCAGGAUCCGUCUGUGAUUUGCAAUAGCAUGCGCCCGCCGAGCCAGACUUCAUCCCAAGGUUGAGCUGAGCGCUGCAGCAGGCGACGAGGGAGGUAUGGAUCGCAGAGAGAGCAGGACGUGGAACUGAGGGCUCGCUGUGUACGUUUGCAUCGUCGGAGGAUGCUUUGGGCAUCGCGGCAGGGCGUUUAAGAGUUCGACGGAUGCUAGUGGAUGGAUUUUGCAUGCUGUCGGAGAGGGUUGUGAUUCAGAGACAUGAGGCCUCUUCUGAAGAACACCCUUGAAUAUUUCCCUCACUGAGGAUGUGCAAUGAUUUCUGCUCGGCACAACCGCAUCUGAGGUCACUUCUUCUCUAGACCCUCUUUUAUACCUCAGGGUUGACUUUCAAAACUCUUAAGUGUCUGUGUGCUUCCUGUUGAGCACCGCUGGAUUUGAGACCAGUUUUGCUUCAUUGCAUCCGGAGUGCAAAACUGCUGAAACAUUGCCCUCCAUGGUUUCUGCCCAUUUCAAGAAGCUAUCGUCUUACAUCGUAAAGAUUUGCAAAGGAAUGUUUACAAAGAAACUGGCAAAUACCACAAAGAAGAAAGAGAGUAGUGAAAACAAAAAAGAACCCAAAACGUCCCCCGAACUGCAAUCACGGAACCCGACGUUCUCAACCACACUGAAAAGCACAGUAAAAAAAAUCUCCAAAUGCGCGUCGGCACGCAAUAUAUCUCUUGAGGAGGAUGACGGAAAAACCGACUGUUCUUCUCUUUCGCCAACAUUCAGUUACCGUGUAGCAAUUGCCAAUGGACUUCCAAAAAAUGCCCUCUUUCUGAACAAUGAGUUUCAUGAGGUCUUGUCAAUUGGUAGCGAUUACUCUUACUCUCUAAACGAGGCAAAACUUGUCCAUAGAUUCGAUGAACAAAAAGCUUAUACAAUGCCAGGAAGAAGGAACAGGAAGAGCUUGAUUAGUUUAGCGCCCUCUGAUGGCAGCUCGGAGGGGGAGCGGGGAGAGCGCAGCAGUCUCCACACCCUUCGAUUGGGUGCUCUGAAAAAACUGAGGAAGUGGAAGAAGAGCCAAGAAUGUGUGUCCUCGGACUCAGAGGCCAGCAACUGGAGAAAGACUCUUGGCAUCAGAAGCAAAUCUCUGGACCGGGCUGGCCGACACCAGAAAACCACUACCCUGGAGCCGGGGUCCAGCUCGACGGGAUGUAUCAGUCAGACUCAGGAUGUGAUGGAGAUGAUCUUCAAAGAACUUCAGGGAAUCAGUCAGAUCGAGUCUGAGCUCUCAGAACUUCGAGGGCACGUUAACGCCCUCAAAAGCUCCAUCGACGAGAUCUCCAGCAGCGUGGAGGUGGUGCAGAGUGAAAUCGAGCAGCUACGUUCAGGGUUUGUGCAGUCCAGACGCGAGACUCGAGACAUCCAUGAUUACAUCAGACAGAUUAGCCAACAGACCAACAAAGCUACUCUGAGAUUUCUAAAUGUGCCUGAGGAGAAGUACGAAAAAACGGAAGACCUUAUUUAUCAGAUCCUGAAAGAGAAAAUGGGCUUCAUCCUAAAAGAGAAAAUGGGUUUUUCUGAAGCACGCAAGACAUUUAAAAUUGAAUUGGCCCAUCGACUAGGACAACAAAGAGAAUGUUACAAUGCUAAACCUCGACCAAUUGUAGUUAUAUUUUCAAGCCCACAAGACAGGGAUUUAGUUUUGAAAAAGUGUUAUAAGCUAAAAGGGACUGGAAUAUCCAUUUCGACAGAUAGUCUAGCACACGAUUCAAAAGAAAAGAGAGACAAGCCGAUGGCUUCCUCUCAGACAUAUGAAAGCAUGGACAUCAAGGUCUCAGCCAAAGACAAGGCUGAAAGUGAUGACUGGGACUCAAUGGAGAGCGACAAAGAGCUUGAUGAAUUAAACAAGAACAAAUUUGCAAUUGUGUCCAAACCACCUCUAAAAAGUAAAUCGGACAAGAAAAAGUCUCACGAUCAGCGAAGGAUGGCAGAUGACUCUGCAUACUCUGUGCACUAUGCGGAUAAUACAGCCUACGAUGAUCACGACAAGCAAAGCAAGUCCUACUAUUCUGACAUAACACCUGGAUGGCUGUCUCAGAGCGACUACUCCACUCCCAAACUCAGUCGGUCUGAAUCGGACUGCUCCAAACUUUGCCAGUCUUACUCCGAGGACUUCUCAGAGAGUCAGUAUUUCAGCAGAGUCAACGGCUGUUCCUUGCUUUCCUCCUCAGAUCAGGAACUUUGGCAACGGAAGCAAGAAGACAUGGCAUCCUCCUGGUACGCUAGUCCCCCCAGUCAAACUCUGAGCCAAGAACAACCUUAUGCGGAACAUAAUGAAGUUGAAACCACAGAGACUAUUGACAGUGGUGUAAGUAAUUGUCUUGUUUGUAUAUCAGGGGACAGGAGCCAUUACAGCGGUUCUCAGCUGUCGCUGCAGGGUGACCUCUCACCGUGGAAAGAUUGGCAUCACAUUGAACAAGGUGCUGAUUCAGGUUUGGAAGCCUCCACUGAACAGAACAUAAUAUCUGAAAUCAGUAGCCCCUUUGACCCUACAGCUAACCCUGGUUUCCCUGAGAAAAUUACUAAAUGCCUUGAGGUUGAUUUGCAAUUUGAAGGUGAGACCUUUUUGACACUAGAUAGCACUCCUGAGACAGGCCAAGACCAAGAUAUAGAUAUAGAAACUGAAUUUUUGGAACCUGAGCUUGAGCCAGAACCAGAACCAGAAUCAGAACCAGAACAAAUGCCACAGCCUGAACCAGAACCUGAACCAGAGCCAGAACCAGAACCAGAACAAAUGCCACAGCCAGAACCAGAACCAGAACUGGAGCCAGAACCAGAGCCAGAGGCUGUGAUUGAACCCAUACCAGAACCAGUACUUAAACCUGCAGCGGAACCGCAACCCGAAAAGAAGCCCAAGACCAAGAAGAUCCAAGCUAAGCCUGAAUCAGCUCCACAAACUUUGCAGCGACAGGAUGUGAACCACCUCCAGCAGAACCCGAAAUCGUCCUCCAUGUACCGGAGCCAGAGCGAGAUCAGAAAUGAGAAAGUGGAGGAAGUCCCCAAAUCCUGGAGUAGCAGGCUCAGCAUAGAUCUCAGCGAAAAAACCUUCAGCUUUGGAGGAUUUGGAUCCUCCCUGCAAAGAGCAAAGUCAGCUUUGGAUUUUGUGUGGAAUAAAGGUUCUCAAAGCACUAGCGCCCCAGUUGAAGAACCGAGCAACACCUCAUUUAUGGGCAGGUUCAGAACCAUGUCCCAGUCCACAGCGAACAGCUCCAGCACAACCAUUGACUCUGACGUCUACACAGAACCUUUCUAUUUCAAGGCAGAAGAGGAAGAACAACCUGCUGAGCAACCUGUGGACAAUGAGACACAUUAUGUUGAGGUGAUGGAACAAGUGCUGGCCAAUCUGGAAAACAGAACAAAUGCUAACGAGGCUGAGGAGCAGUACCAAGAAGAGGAAUACGAUGUUUUGCAAGAGUAUGACAUCUCGCAAGAGGGUAACCUCGUGCUGGAAUAUGACUGCAGCCUUGAUGAGGAAUACAGUGAGGACUAUGAUGACAAUCCGAUGACUGAAGACACAGAGGAGUAUGAGGUGAGUUUGGUGGAUUAUGUGGAAGAAACCGAGGAACCAGAAGCAGAGACCGAGGAACAGGAGGAGAGCAAAGAGGAGGUGCAGGAAGUUCAAGAGGCAUCAGAAAUGAAGGGAGCAGAUGAGGUAAAAGAGACUGUAGAACAAGAGGAUGAGAACAAAAAUGUUACAGAGGUUCCUGUGCAAGAAGCACCACCCAAAAAAAGGAUGCGUCCCACCUUCAAAGAGGCAGCACUGAGAGCUUACAGGAAGCAGAUGGCUGAGCUGGAACAGCAGAUCCUGGCAGGAGACAGCACUGCUGUGGACACCGAGGGUUGUGCUAACAUCCUGGACCCAGCCAAACUGGGGCUGAGCGGCGGAGGGGUUGGCAGUAUACUUUACGGCAUUGACAGCAUGCCAGAUUUACGUCGCAAGAGGACCAUGCCUAUUGUCCGAGACCUGGCUUUGACAUUGGCUGCUCGAAAGGCAGGCAUUGCGUUUGGGCUCGUGAACAGAUCGACUCUGAACAACGAGGAGCUGAAACUGCAUGUGCUCAGAAAGACCCUGCAAGCGUUGAUCUAUCCCAUCUCCUCCACCACACCCCAUAAUUUCGAGGUGUGGACGGCCACGGCACCCACCUACUGUCACGAGUGUGAGGGUCUGCUGUGGGGCAUCGCUCGGCAGGGCAUGCGCUGCACCGAAUGCGGGGUCAAAUGCCAUGAGAAAUGCCAGGACCUCCUGAACGCAGACUGUCUCCAACGUGCUGUAGAGAAGAGCUCGAAACAUGGAGCCGAAGACAAAACCCAAAACAUCAUCAUGGCCAUGAAGGAACGGAUGAAAAUCAGGGAGAAGAACCGGCCCGAGGUGUUCGAGGUAAUCCAGGAGAUGUUUCAGCUCUCGAAGGAAGAUUUCAACACUCACCUGAAGACGGCCAAACAGGCUGUGCUGGAGGGGACAUCCAAGUGGUCUGCCAAAAUCACCAUCACAGUUGUAUGUGCUCAAGGUUUGCAAGCCAAAGACAAGACGGGCUCCAGUGACCCCUACGUCACAGUACAAGUGGGAAAGACCAAACGCAGGACCAAAACCAUUUUUGGCAAUCUCAACCCGGUCUGGGAUGAGAAGUUCUUCUUGUGA